CGGCAACGUCUCUCCCAUGGAGUUGGACGACGUUUUAUCGGAUGUCGGUGAAUACGGCAAGUACCAGCAGCUGCUGCUGUGGUUCGUGUUCUUGCCAGCACACUUGCCGUACGGUUCCCACGCCUACAGCCAGAUAUUCAUGUCACUCUCGCCCGAUCAUUGGUGCCACGUGCCAGAUCUGGCCAAUUUGAACGUCAGCGAUUAUAUAAAGAAGGAACUAACAAUCCCUUUCCAGCGCGACCACCGCACUUUCUGCAGGUGCACUGUGUUCAGCGUCAAUUUUAGUCGAUUCAGGCAGCAGAAUCCCAGGAGCUGGCGCCGGAAUGCCACUUGGCCUCGUGUAUCCUGCUACAGCGGAUGGGACUACAACUGGACCUCCCUACUGGACGACGACACCAUCGUCACCCAGUGGGAUCUGGUGUGUGAUAAAGCCUGGUUGCCAGUUCUAGCUUUGUCCCUCUUCCAAUUCGGAGAGUUCAUAGGUCAAGGACUCUACCUGAUUUUCAUGCAGAGGUACGGCAGACGUCCGUCUUUCUUCCUCUUUCUUACUGUUCAGUGCCUUGUUGGAGUCGUAAGCGCAUUCUCGCCAGACUUUGUGUCCUUUGUGCUCUUUCGACUUCUGAUGGGCGUCACUGUGCCUGCUGUCAGCGCCACUCCUGCUGCUCUCGGUAACUCUCUUUUUUUAAAAAAAAGAAUUCUCUACGUAAGCUUGAAAAAUGUGAUUUUAACACUCUGAAAGUCGUAAAAAACACUAUGUAACUCACAAAAAAACAUAACUGACACGUUGUUUCUCCACUAUUGUUAUUAUUUUUAUUGUUAUACAUGUAUACAUGAAUCUGAAAAUUCUCUUUUUCAGUUUUUGGUGUAAAAAUUCUCUUUAAUUGGCAUAAAAUAUGUUAAAUUUUUUCCGGAAUUAUCAAAGAAGGAAUACUUUUGUUUUGCUGCUAAGAAAACUUUAGAAAUUUUAUUUAAUUAUUAAAUAAUACUCGAAAUAUCCCUAAAUUGUCGCUAGAAAUAACAAAUUUUCGUAAUUAUAAUUGAUUAUCCACCAAAUUGACGAGCGAGUGAAAAAUUUUUCUCUAAUUAUUUGAAUAAUUCCUAAAAUUUCCCUAAUCGUCUGAAUAAUCCCCAAAAUUUCCCCAAUUGUUUGAAUAAUCCCCAAAAUUUCCCUAAAUUGCUGAACGUGUAAACGAAUUUUCCCUUAAUUAUUCAGAGAAUUAGGGAAAUAUAAGAAAAAACUUUUCUUAAUUUAAUUUCGGGAAAUUCCCCCCGA